AUGAAUAUUAAAGAACUUAAUUAGUUUAUACUUGAUUAUGAACUUAAACCUUCUUAAAAACUAAUUAAAUACCUUGUAAUCAUUGGAAUUUCAGCUAUGAAAAGUAAAACCUAAGACAUUUCCAUUGAAACAAUCAAACUAAUUGCAAGUUAUAAUUUCAAAUUUUCAUUAUUUUUAGGCUCUUGUAAAUAACAAAAACUAAGAGAUGGAAUGGCAGAACUUAAAGAAAAAGUUAUUAAUAUAUAAUAAUCUUUAUCUCCAAAAAAUGGAAACUUUAAUUUUAAUGAACUUAAAAAAUCUGUUUAAAAUUCUAAAGAUCAAUUAAUGAAUUCACAAUUUUCACCAAUUCUUAAAAAAAAGGAUGAUUUAUAAAAUAGAUCUAAAAAGGAUCAAAUAAACUAAGAUAUUGAAUUGAAUCUGAAAUCGUUAAAUUUCAAUAAAAAAGAAAAUAAUUAACUAACCUAUCAAUUUUAAUAGCAAACUAAACCAUACUAAUAAAUCUAAUAAUCUAACAAUUAUUUUACAUAAAAAAAGGUUAGUCUUGAUUAAAUUGCAAAUAAUUUUCUUAGUUCCCCUUUAGUAAAAAAUCCUGUGUCAGCUAGAAAUAUUACUUAAAAAGAAAGCGAACUUAAAUGUAAUUAUAUAUUAUUUAUGUUUAAUAGAUUUCUUUUAGAAUUCAUGGAAAUUAAUUUGA